GGGGGGGUGUUAGGACGGUGAUGAACGGGACUCGGUGCGGCGCGGCGGACCGUCCGCUGGAGGGUCUGCCCGCGCUGCCCAAAGGCCUGAGCGGGAUCCUCAACUCCAGCGGCGGGUCGUGGCGGGACAUCGAGAAGGUCCACAGCAAGAGAGCGCGCAUCCAGGCCGACAUCAGCCGGGGCGGCGGAGACGCGCCGCGCGUUCACGGCAAAGCCGGCGGACUGGACGCUGCCCUGGCCCUGCUGCGGAAAGACAUGGUCGGCCUGCGUCAGCUCGACAUGUCUCUGUUGUGCCAGCUGUGGUCUCUUCACGAGGCCAUCCAGGAGUUCAAGGGCUAUUCGCUCCUGUCCGGGACCUCGCUCAGUGCUGAUAACGCACACUCUGAGGAGGAGGAGGAGGAGGAGGAGGAGACGGGUAUUCCCUCGCAGCCUCCGUCGACUCUGUCCUUAUCUCUGCCUCUGCCCAGCAGCAACUCCAGGGACCAGUGGAUCAAAGACUCCUUUCAUAUUCCCUGAUGUAGAUACGCACGCACAAACACCGCGGCACCACUGGGCUUUUUUCUCACAGUGAAUGUUUUUCGGCACCAUUUCCACUGUUUUUUUUUAGCAUUCUUCAGGUUGGGAAGCCAUCAAAUGAAUGCAUAUCAACAGCUCUGGUUGUUCUGACGUUUCAUUGCAAUACUGCAAAGUUGCACAGUAUUUUCAGUGCCUUGACUUGUCAAUCUGUAUAUGAGCAUUCGACACAGUAUGGACGUUUUUCAAAAAGACAUACUGUCAUUUAAAACAAAUCCUGUAUUGAUCACAGCUAUAAAUACGAGUACACUUUAUAACAACAUUAAAACUCAUCUUGGCUAUCAUACACACACUUCAUCAGUCAGAACUCGACAAGUCUGAGUAAAAAAAGGACAAAUCGUUGACAAAAAGGCAACUUUGGUUGAUUUCUAAUUAAAUUCUCAUCAAUAAUCUUUUUUCAGUGUUAUCCGUGUAGUUUUUUAACACUCAUUCUUCAGAAAAGCCAAAAAAUACUUGUUUUCUUUCUAAACCCCAGAAUAACACUACAGUGUACUGACAUGCACAAUAUGCCUGUAUUUCAAUCAAAAUCAACAGGUGAUCUUGCUACAUAUGACCAA